AUGGAGAAUCUGGGUGCCAUGCCGAAACUCCGUGAACUGAAGUUGGAUGCCUGCCAGAUUUCUCGUAUCGAGGGCCUGGAGAAAUGUCCAAGUUUGGUGAAUCUUCAUUUGGAAGACAACGAGAUCGUUUGCGUGGAAGGCUUGGAGAAGCUCUUUUCCCUGGAAACCUUGAACCUGGAGAGAAACAAGAUACGAAGGCUCGGACGUGGCUGCGUGAAACUGACAAAACUAAAAGAGCUGCGUUUGGCCUACAACGAGCUGAGCACAUUGGAUGGUUUGCAGGGUCUUGGAGCUUUGGAGGUGCUUGAUGUGAGCCAGAACAAAUUGGAUGCGGUGAGCGCAGAGCAUUUGAAAGGUCUUGGGAAAUUGGAUGAGUUGCUUCUCUCAGGAAACCGCUUGUCAAACCUGAGCUUUUUGAGUGCUCCCGGCCGGCUCUCAUCCUUGGACAUCUCCGAGAAUGGCCUGAAAUCUCCAGCAUUCAAAGGUUUUCCAAGCCUUCCGCUGUUGUCAGAGUUCAUGCUGGCUGGCAACUAUUUGGAGGAGCUGCCUCCAAAUAUCGUCACGUGUUGUCCUACACUUGAGAUUUUGGACAUCUCCAGAAAUUUGAUCUCAACGCCUCUAGAGGUGGAGAAGCUCAAAUCUUUGUCCAGUCUCAAGGAGCUCUGCAUACAGGGCAACCCGAUGACAGAGUCCGACGAUUUUCCGAAGGCUUUAUGCUCAUUGGAAGGAUUGGAGUACUUGGAGAACAGGCAAUUUGUUCCACCCAAAGAGAUCAUGCUGGAGGACGGUGAACAGGGUGCUACCUUUGGCUUGACCAAGGUGGAGGCCAAAUCAAGCCCUUCCAGACCAGGAACGGCCGGAGGUGAAUCUUUCAGCCGUCCUGGUACAGCUAGUCGACCUGGCACGGCUUCCAAAGAGGGGGUCCAGCAACCCUUGAUGCAUGCCUUGCCAAAGACACGCAAGUGCGCCAGUUCUGAGCAGGUGACUGCCUGGGAGCAGCAGACACUUUGUAGCCUUAAAGCCAUCAUGAAGCAGGUCGAGAAGACCACCUCGCAGGUGGAUCAUGAUCUGCAGGAGAUGCACAGAUAUGUCAAGAAGGCCAGAGAUGCUAAUCUGCGCUACGAGUACCAAGUGGGUUGCAUGGAAGCCGAAUCCAUUCCCGAAGAGGAGGACGCCACACAUCGGUAUGAUUAUGGCUAUAGGAGCCACCUCCACCGGGCCGGGCCAGUCAGAAGCUUCGGCAGGCGAGUUGCCAAGACGUUGAUUGAAACCGCAUGGUCUUGUGGGACGGACAAGGAGAAACAGGGUCCAGGAUUUAAGAGUCUCGCAGAAGAUGAGAAGCCGGAACCACCGAAGAUCUCUUCCCACCUUUUCGUGGGUUUCCGCUUACUAUUGAUUUGGCUUCUUCACCUGGUGGAUUUCUCCACUGAUAUAUGGGUGGCAGUUAUCCUGCAGGAAGAAGGUCGCAGCGUUCUGUUCACAGUUUCCGUGGUGUUCUUGGUGAUACCAACUCUAUUGCGUUGGAUGCUUGCCAGCUUCAGCAUGAAUCCUUGCACGCCUGACUUCUUGUGCUUGCGAGAUGAAAAUCCACCGCUUUACCCCCAGCUGGCCUAUGUACCCAUCUUCGGCGAAUUGGUGUUGAUUGUGAACGCCAUGGCUUGGCAUCGGAAGUAUGGAGAUCGGACAGAGCUUAACAUGGCACAGGAAGCAUCAGAUGUGACUGGAGCUUUAAUGUUCUUGCGUUUGCUGGAAGGAGCUUUUGAAGCCAUGCCCCAAACCAUUGUCCAGGGUAUCGUCUUGUACGAGGACUUGACCUCCAGCCACGUUCGCUUCAUCCAAUGGCAGUCCUUCAUUGUGUCCUUCGUGGCCCUGGGCACAAGCUUCGCCAGCGUAGCAAUGCAUCGUCAGAGGGACAAGUGGAAGGAAGAGACGAAACACAACAAGAAAAAGAAGAAGGUGGAGACCAGUUGGGAGGUGAUCAAAGGCUUUUGCCUCAUGCUCUUCUUGGGAGUGGACAGUUUUCUGCGAAUGAACUCCAUCGCUUCUGUGCUUUACAGUCCUUAUGCUAUUUGGUUUCCUCUUUACAUCGCGGUGGCCUACGCUGGUUUGCCUUUGCUCGUCGUGACAGGGACCAUGAUCUUCGUGAACUGCUGCGACAAGGAGCAGCAGGGCCAGGUUUCUUGCUGUGGGCACCUGGCCAUCCUUGGGAUCAUGUACUGUGGCACCCUGCUGAUGUCAAGCCUGGCUUUCCUCAUACCUCUAGAUUUGGUGAUGUGCUGGAGCUUUCCCCCGUUUUCUAUUCUGCGACUCUUCGAACACCUUGCCAUGGCUGUCUUGAGUUUUUGGGUCGCCGCACCCUUGACCUGGGUACCUUUGGCAUUGUGGUUUGUAUCUGCUGUUGUAAUGAUCCCCGCUCGGAUGAUGCUCGAACUGCCCUGUGGUGAAGAGGUCUUCGGCAAGUUCAUCCCCAAGAUCCGUUGGCGAAGAAACCUCCCACGUGUACAUCCCGAGGACUCCCAGCAGGCAGAGGAAGCUGAGAUUGCAACGUCCAGCUGGAAGAUGAAGGUGCGAGAGCUGAGCUAUCGAGGCUUUACAAUCGCUCGCUUGUUGGAUUUCUGCGAAGUGCUAGGCUCUACACAAGUGAUGCCUCACUUCGACGCAACAAAGACCACCACGAAUGAUGUGGUGCGACAGGUCAUCAUUCCUUGGAGUCGACUGGAUGGCGGCUGGGAAGACUUGAAGAAUGGUCAUGGGCAGCUUAGAAGUGAAGGUCGUGCCAUGGUCGGCUGUAUGGAAGCUACUCGACAACAGCCGUCCAUCAUGGUGACGCACAACUGGGACAACCUCUUCUCUCACUUGGCUGCUUCGACCUUGGCAAGCGCCCUGAACUUCUUCACCUUUGACAAUGUCUUGAAAAUGUUGGCCACUCCAACAGGGAUUCAGGAGUUGAGACGCUAUUGCUACUCUUCAGGAUGUUUGCGGUCGACGGUCUGGAUUUGCUCUUUCUCUAUCAAUCAGCAUGCAAGCAUUUGCGCCGGCUUUGGAGCACCUCCUGAAGACCCCGAGGCUUUUGCAAAGUUUGACGCAAAGCGCCGUGACUCUGUCACCAAGAAGAUCUACCGCACAUGCACCUGCGAAACCACGAAAUACUUCAACGAUGCUCGCGACCUGUGCGAGUUGAACAAGUUUGAUGCCAUGAUGCAUGAUCUCAGCCAGUCCAGUGCAAAGUUCCGCCAGGCCGUUGCUGUGGACGUUUCAUUGCAGCUCUUUAGCCGUGCCUGGUGUGUAGCAGAGCUGGUGGAAGCAAGACGCUUGGGGCUGCAACAGCAGUUGGUGGUCUACAGUCGCAACAGCGUUUCUGGCGAGAAGACUUUAGCCCUAAAAAAGAUCCGUGUCCAGAACUGCCAAGCCUCACGGCCCGAAGACGUGGAAGAAAUCUUGGCAAAGAUUGAUGACAAGGACAAGUUCAACAAAGAACUGCAGGGAGCUCUCUUCGAUGACAGCGACAGUCUCUUCAAGAAACUCUUUGAAAGUCAACUGAACAGGAGAGUGGCAGAGACGCGUCCUGCGCGUCCUGCGCAUCACGUACCACCUCCGCCCAAAAUCGUAGAGGUGAAGAGCCUCCAGUCGCCAUCAAAAGCAGCUGUCCGCGCAGCCCAAGCUGAUGAAGUUGAAGAGGUGCCAGUUGACACUGCAGCGGAAGUGGAGUCGAUCGCAGAUCCUGAGUUGCCUGAGAUAGAAGAGGAAGAAGAGGUGGUGCAAGUGCUCCAAGCUCGUGGCCUUCAGGGCCGACCACCGGCUGGAAAACCAGGCACCGAGCUCCGCGUCCAACGCCGUGCUGCACGGCGCGCCAACUCGGCCAAGGGCCGAAGUGUGGGGCCACGAGGUCCAUAUCCGAGGCUGCCCAGUCCUGGCCUCGAUGUGAAUCCACCUGGCAGUGGGCCGUCGACAAAGCUUGGAGCAUUUUCAGGUCCUGGCGCUGUUGGCUACCCUGGAAGCUGUUCAGGAAAUGCCAGGGAUUUCCGUUCAGAUUUCCGUUCUCGUGGACCUCCUUUACCUUGGCAGGAUGAGAUCCGAAUCGGUGGUCGAGAUCGUGAGCUGCGACAUGCCGAGAAGCUGCACGAAAAGGAACGGCAGCUGCGGGAUCCAUUCAACCAGGACAAUGCAGCGUCCAAAGCAACUGCGCCCUUUAUGACAACCAAGGCGAGGGGCUGGUACCAACGCAGCACCACCAACACAGGAAAGACCAUCAUGACCUCUGGUGGAGGGCCUCGGAUGCAGGUUGGCUACGGUCGCCGGGUGAAUCCGAACGCCAACAACUUCCGUGGUGGGAAGACCUGGAAUGACUUGGAGGGUGAGGGAUUUGUCCUUUUGCUGCUAGGAACUGGCACAGUUGACUCACUUUCCUUUGUUCGAUUGAUCCUGGCUUACAGCGUUGAGCAACUCUGCAACCUGCGAUCCUCUUCUCACGGCCGCAGGAAAGGAUUGACCAUGGUUCCCGAGGCUUUGGCGGUCAUGAGUUGGCGUGGCCCACCAUGCAGGGUCAACACGCAUGAGGCGCUAUCUUUUGGAGCCCAAGACAUGGAGCGAGCCCGCCUGAUGAAGGUCAUUCAGGGUGCUUGGAUGAAUAUGGAUUGCCCAAGUGAGAGGUAUCUCGUGGUUGGUCAUCAUGUGAUUCGAAACGACCUUCAAGGAUGUCGGCGCUUUUCCCUCCACUGGGAUCCUGGAAGGAGACAGCUUCAAUGGGGAACACAGAGCAGGCUGUACCUUGCCUGCCUCGGAGAGGGAAUGGUGGCUUGGGUACCUUUGAGGAACACUUCGAGGGCUUGGAGAUGGCAGCGGGCGGCUCCCAUGGCAAUGUCGCCUCGGGUUGUGUCAGCGUGGUCAGGACCUUCAAUGCGGUCUCAUCACUUGGUGCAGGCUGACAGCUUCAGCGGCUACGGCCCUUGGCGAAGGCCUUAUUCUAUGCGAAGAUGGGACUGCGAAGGGCCUGGCUGGUUCGGCGGUUGGGGCUUCUCACCGCGACGAAACCGCAGCUACAGUCGCAACUUCGGGCGAAAUUCAGGUUUUCAAGAUCACGGCUCCCGACUGGCAUGCGGACUCUCCAGUGCAGAGGUGUCUGAUUUGCUCUUCCGAGAUAUCACGCCGGAAGACUAUGAGAUCCUUCUUCGGUUGGACGACACUGUGUCCAGGCCAACCGCCAGUGCCUCCAGCAUUGACAGUUUGGAGAAGGCCUCAGGAAAGGACCUGCUCGGGGAGAGCUGCUCGGUCUGCCUGAUGCUUUUUGAAGAGUCCGACGUGGCGGCGGUCUUGCCUUGCCGGUCUUGCCCGGCCAGUCUUGGGGGUUGGUUUGGGUUUCCGGGAUAGCAUUGUCUAAC